AUAAAAUUUUAAUAUUUUUAAAUCGUUAAAAUCAUCUUGUUUGAAAAGGAAAACAGUUGUAGAAAGUUAUACUCUAAAGACAUUUCUCUUUAAAAAAUACUCAUUGAAAAUACUGUAGCUAUGACAAUACUACGACAAAAAUCCUUGAAUACUCAUUGAAAAUAUAGUUGCUACGACAAUACUACGACAAUACUCCUUGAAUACUCAUUGAAAAUACCGGUGCUACACCAAUACUACGCCAAUAUUACGCCAAUAUUACGCCAAUAUUUCGCCAAUACUCCAACAAUCCAUUUUGAGCUCUCAUUGGAAACACUAUAUUGGCCACUAUAACACUAUAUAGGACUAAUAAAAACAUUAUAGAUACUUAAAGUACCCUUCAUUAUUUGAACUAUUAUUAAAAUUUAAUAUUUUUAUUGAAAGUAGCCGAUUCGAGUGAAGUGUUUUCACUAUAUAGGACUAUAACACUAUUGGAACACUGUUGCUACACCAGCCUCAAAUCAUUAUCUCUACCCACCUAUGACGUCAUAAACCUCAACCCAUACACCAAAAUGUCUCCAGCAUCUUUCAGUGGUCGCUUUCUGCUAAUCAUCUUCCUCCAACUUCUACGAUCCACAACGACAUCCCCCUCAGUUCCGACAUCAGUUCCGGUGUCCGUGAAAGAGGACACUGCCAACCUGCCACUGAUCGUGUUCCAGCAUCACCAUCAUAGUCACAUCAGGAAUUUAGGUGACUUCCCAACCACACAGUUGCCGCAGACAUCACAUGAGGACUAUUAUGCUUACAAUGUGAUGUCGGCUGGCGGGGUGGAGAGGAUGGAGGAGAGAGAGGGUGAGGAGGAGGAGGGAGGAGUGAGGAAACAUCACUCCAAAUUGGACGACUCCAAAGUCGACGAAGUGGUUAGGAAACAUCACUACAAACUGGACGACUCAAAAGUCGACGAAGUGGUUAGGAAACAUCACCCGAACCUGGACGACCUGAAUGUCGACAAAGUGGUUGAUACUGUUGCAAGGAAACAUCACUACAAAUUGGAUGACUCAAAUGUUGACGAAGUGGUUAUGAAACAUCACCCGAAACUGGACGACAUGAAUGUCGACGAAGUGGUUGAUAUUGUUGCAAGGAAACAUCACUACAAAUUAGACGACUCCAAAGUCGACGAAUUGGUUAGGAAACAUCACUACAAAUUGGACGACCCAAAUGUUGACGAGUUGGUAGCCUUCAGAGGGAAAAAGCAUCACGGGGAAGCCACUGGAAAAUCACCCAUGAGGACCCUCUACCAAGUUGGGGAUUCAGACAGCAGUCUGCCAGUAUGUGGCCGCUGGGCAGUCUGUGGCAAAAUUGACAUCUAUGAUCCAAGUCACCCCUGGCUGGAGAAGCAAUGCAGGUGUCCCGAAGGAGAUAAAACUGCCAAGGGCGCAUCCAGUGAAUGUUCCACCCUUCAGACAGCUCACGACGGCCAUACAGUUGUCGAUAAGACACGACACUACAAGGUCUGCGAGCCCGUGCACAAGCUACCGAGAUGUCGUUAUUUCCGUGACGUCACCUGGACUCUACGUACAGAAGCCGGUAAUGGAGCUCAACAGACGAUGCACUGUCUGUGCCCCAGGGGCUCCGUCGCCUACCUCAUCAACAGACUACCUUAUCAGACGUCCAACAAUGCGAUAGGAUAUCAGUAUUCUUUUGCCUGUUCGCCACAGAGUCGUCUUCGAUGCCAGCGUAAAGAACCAUGUCGUCUCUUCACUGUACGUAGACGUCAAGAGCUCCUAGAUGAAGUGAACACCAACACAUUGUGUCAAUGUCCCAGAGAUCACUCAUGUCCUACACACCAUACGCACACGGCAGGCGUAGUUCAGGGUAAGACGUAUCUAGAGGAAAACGUACGCACCUACAGUGGAUACUGUCUUCCUAACUACUGAUUCCAUGAGGAAGGUAAACGUAAGGUAAACGUACUUCCUCGUCUUAAUUAAAAAUUGUUUUUUCGCCACUCUGCACAGAAAGCAGCUGUUUUCCAGUCCCUACGUAGAUCUGAAAGACAUUGUUUGCAGACGACGUCAGAAAAGGGUUUCUUUUCCGGUCUAGGCCAGA